AAACUCUCCACGGAAUCUGACAUCUUGACCACUGGAAAUGGCUUUACAGCUUGAACAUGAUUAUGCCGAUGCAAAGAAGUCUAGUCUGGUGGUCGUGACUGCGUUCACUGUAAAAUGGAGAUCUGUACCAUCAAAGGCUAGGUACCAGAUCUAUUUCAUCAUCGCGUUGCCAACCUCUACAGCAGAGGUAAUUUUGGUAUUUUGUUUUUUGAAGUGCAAUUGUAUACCAAAGUCAUCAUUGAGAACGAGGAGGUUUCAAAGCAAGAUGGCGACGCCCAUGAAAGAAAACGAAGUGGGCGAGAACUCGAGUGGUCAACUAAAUCAUGCGGACAAAAACCUGCCUAAAAUUGACCCAACUGAGUACAUACUACGGAAGAGACUUCCCCGCAGACUUCCCAAGCGUAAAAAUGACGUUUAUGUUUCCAACAGGACCGAUUUCAAGGCCCAAAUGGCUCGCUGUCAGGAAAUGCUUGACACCGGGGUGGACGAAAUUCACGUCCACGGUUUGGGGGCUGCAGUGAACCUGGCGGUUAACCUCGCUCUCCAGCUGCAGAAGUGUAGCCUGUACACAUUGCAGAUAUCCGUCAACACGUCGACGGUGGAACUGUUGGAUGAUUUGGAGCCCAGACGGGACGACGUGGAGCCAGGGACGAGAGAAAGGAGCAACUCGGCAGUGCACAUUAAGAUUUCGAGGAGUGCUGAGACAGUGUUGCCUAAAUAAGCUGAUGCGACUGCACAGACCAACAUUGGACAGAUCACUUAAGUGCCAGUGCAAAGGGCAAUGCGAGUAGUCCCUUACUCUGUGGCUGGCUGUAACUUAAGCAUUCUUGGUUCGUGGCGAACAGUGUCUUACUACGGAGGAUGCGGGAGACAGGGGAGGGGAGCAUGUGUGGACAAAUGCCUCCAUCGAGCCCAAUGAACAUCUCCAGUGAUCUCCAUCUAAAGUGAAUGACCCCAAUCAAAUUGCAGUCAGAGCAUGUAUUCCAACAUGAUGAAAUUUGAUGAUCCAUGGUCCUAGGAGGUAGAUGUUAUGCAAUGCUUAAACAUCUACAUGCACGUUAUAAGAACUACAUCAGAAAAACUUGUUCAUUAUAGGCACUUUCUCAUUGUACUUUGUAAAUGACAUUAAAACUGCUAAAAGAAAAUUGUCCUCAGCUCUAGGUUUUUGGUUUUUUUCAGUCGCUCAAACAUUAAUUUAUGUAUGGAAAUAUUUCAAAACAAGAGACACCAUUUCGGCUAAGCUUUAAAAAAAAAAAUUAAGAUAGAGACAGGGUUUUUCUGUUUUAAAAUAAUUUAAUAAAUCAGCAUCUUUUGACGUAAGAUUUUUUAAUUGAAAUCAGUAUUUAUAUUUUUCUGAUUUUGUAGAUCAAAAUUUGUCCAAAUAUUGUUUAUGCCUGUUUACAUAUUGGCUUCAGUAAGAUUUCAAGUGAUUUGUUGAAUAUCUAAGACAAAUGUAUGUGAACUUUUUGUAGGGACAAAAUUGAUUUGCUUUGUAAUUAUGUUUACAUUUUUUUUUCAAUAUUCUUAAAAAUGCAGAUCUAUCCAUUAUGUGACUAUUUAAUACUUGUGACUUCAUUUAAAGUAUUGACACAUUCCCAACUUGUAUUUUAAAAUGAUCUUCAUUUGCUAUUUUAUUUCCAAACAAUGAAACAUCAUCAAUGUAUUAAAAACAGGUAAUGUUUUGUAUCUCCGAGUGAAAAACUUGAGAAACAUAGUCACUACAUUUUAUUUAAUUUCCAAACUGUUUGUAAUGUCUACAAAGUCCUAUUUUACACGUUAUCAUUAAC